AUGAAGGGCUUGCUAGGAACCUGGGAGCACAGAAUGGAGCCCUUCCUUCGGGAGUACGCGUGCCACAGGGGUGAGAAGGUUGCAGUAGAGGACUUCGACCUCACGGGGAUCGCCAAUCUGGCAGAGCUCCCGGGAAUACGAGGGCUGGUCUUCUCGAUGAUCGAAGGCGCACUCGCGAAGAUGAUCGUCCUGCCGAACCGAAUCGCUAUUCCACUAGGGAAGAGAGACGACAUGGAGGAUCCGACAAACCUCUACUACCCGCCUCCGGGGGGUUUGCUCAAAGUCAAGGUUAAGAAAGCCUCGAACCUGCCUUCACACGAUUGGCUGGACAAGAGCGACCCCUUCGUGACCGUCAAGGUCGGCCACUUCGCAAAGGAGUGGAAGUCCCAGGUGAAGUGGGACAAGGCCAAUCCAGAGUGGGACGAGGUGAGCAAAGUCUUCCCGAUCUACGCGAUGUGCCAGAAGGUGGAUGUCGCCGUCUUUGACAGGGACCACCUGUCUUGGCACGACGAGAUCGGCGAAAUCCGGCACAUGGAGGUGCAGGAGGCCAUCACCAUGAAGGAGAUGCAGGACCAUCAGCUGUACGAUGCUAGCGGCAAAGAGAUCCCCGAUGCGUUCGUUCAUCUUGGCUUCGACUGGAAGGCGAUCAAGGAGCUGGUCGUGAAACCCGUCGGGGAAGCUGACGACCUUCACAUACUGUCAGUGGCCAUUGAGAAGAUCCGGCCCGAGAAGGAGUACAAGCUGAAAGACGAGCUGACCCUCACCUACAGAAUCGACGCCGAUGGCGAGGCGAAUGUCCGGAAUGCAAAUGGCCUGCAGGCCAUGAUUCUGGACUCUUUUGCGGCGUGGAGGGACGCCACGGCAUAA